AUGUCCACCUUAGACCCACUUUCACUCCUUCGAGAAUUUACCAUUAGCAAUAAACCCGUUUCUCUACUCGACGAAAGUGGACAAUCUGUUACGACAAUUUCAGAUGCCAAAACUAUUCAAUUCAACAAUGAUGAUAAAACAGCCUUUCCACGCGACGCACCCACCAACUUUAAAAAGACCAACGCAGCCGAUAACGAGACAUAUACCUUGGAGACGUUGAUAUUUCUUGUUCAAAACGCACAGCUAGACAACUCUGCUUAUUUCAAAGAAUGCCGUGCUCGUGGUAUUGAACACGUAUCCAUCGUGGAUAGAAGAAAGAUUUUAGAUUACCUCACGGGUAAAGUGAAUCAAUCGCCUAAUGUGACAUCUGCCAAUAAGCAGGAGAAACGAUCUCGAAAAGAAGCAGAAGGAGGUGGUGAUGAUGUUACUAUGGAAGAUACAUCAUCUAUCAAAAAGCAAAAGACAACACCGCUGAAAUCUGAUGACUCUAUAAAGCUUAUCAAGGAAGUGCUUGCGAGAGAACGAGAGAUUAUGACGAGGUCUUCAGUACUUCAAGGAUCCAAGAAUUUUACACACGCUAUCAAUUUAGCUAGACAGCUGGUACUCGGUAAAGAUGUACCUCCAGCAGGCCGUUCAGGUGGCACUCAAAAAUCAGCACAACCUAGUACAUCCAGACAGAAGGCAUCCAGCAACACUGUUAAACCAACAAUGAAAUCAGCAGCUAUUGCAGCUAAAGGACAUAAGUUAUCCAGUAAAGACAAAAUUCCUCUUAUUAUUGUCCCAGCAGCACCAACAGCCAAGUUUACAUUAUACAAUAUCAAGCAAUUCUUGGAGGAUCAAGCAUAUGUGGAUUCGCAAGAGUUGAGAGAAGAAGGACUAAAGAAGCCUGAACGUGUCACUGUAGAACGCAAGAAAGCCAAUGGACAAGUGGUCCCUUAUCAUAUCGUCGACUCAGUAUCACAAUUCAAGCAGACUGAUUGGGAUCGUGUGUGUUGUGUGUUUGUUGCAGGUCAAUUGUGGCAAUUUAAGGGCUGGAAGUGGGAGAAGCCAGUUGAGUUGUUUAGCAAUGUGAAGGGAUUUUAUCCCAAGUGGAACUCGGAUCAAAUCAAUGCACCUGCAUCUGAGUGGGCAGUAACUGAAAUCAAUAUUCAUAGAAGUAAAAGGCACAUGGAUAGAGCUACCGUUUCUCAGUUUUGGGAUGCUCUUGACAGUUACAAUGCAACACAUAAACCCUAUCUCAAUUUCUAA